CCCGCGUCUCCUUCCUGUGCAGGACACGUGUGCAGAACCGGGCUACACAGUGGCACACCGGCAAUUAGGCCGAGACAGGAUCUUAAGAGUGACUUCCCGGCACCCAGGAACUCCAACCAGGGAAUGACGCCCUACAUCAAGUUCCUUCAAGAGGGCCUAGUCGUGGGGCUCAGACGCUUCCACUUCCUCG